AAAAUGUCCUUGAAUACUAUCGAUUUCCUCCUUCUCGGCAGAAACGGAUCUGGCAAAAGUGCUACAGGCAACUCCAUUUUAAGGAAAAAGCAUUUUUUUCGUCGGUCCAAUAGUAUUCAAGAAAUGACCAGACCAACAUACGAAAGUUGUGAAAGACAAGACGCACGCGUCACUGUUGUGGACGGUCUGAACAUCAGGGAAGCCGCCGAGAAAGCUGAUUACGUGGACGUGACGGAGGCUCUCGAGCAAAGCGGUGGGUUUUCAGCUCUGCUGAUCGUUUUGAAAUUCGGAGACAGAUUCAGCGAAGAGGACUGGAAGGUUGUCGAGUCAGCAAAGCUGGUCCUCGGCGAAGAGGUCUGGCGUAGAUUUGGAAUCGUUGUUCUAACGGGCGGAGAUAAUUUUAAAAGGGAAGCAGAGGAGGGGGACCAACAACUAAGAAACAUGGACGAUUGGGUUGGACAACAGAAAGGGAAAAUACGAGACAUGUAUGAAGAAUGCGGCAGACGAAUCGUUUUAUUUGACAACACGACAAGGGAUAUCGAGGAACAACAAGCCCAGGUGAACAAAUUGAUC